AUGCUUGAUGCUUUAAUAAGGAGGAUGACGGCACUGGUAAACACCAAGUAUGCAGGAUCACAUACCUUCUCUGCCUCGAUAGACGGUAAAUUAAAGUCUAUAGUGACGCCAGUAGUAGCUAGGAAACUAUCCAUAUCAGAGGAAUAUAUAGCAGACAUAAAAACGUCAGAUGAACUCUUCCCAGGGAAACAGACAAAAGCCAUCACAAAUCCGUUAUCACCACUUAAAACACCAUCAACCUCAGAUAUUAUAUUGGAAGAUGACAGCGACAAUGAAGAACCAGAGAUUCUGAACGAGAAAGCAACAAGCCAGAAGAAAAGUAAGAAGACAGAGAAUGAAGGAGAGGAAAAUGGAGAGAAAAGAAAGAAAAAGAAUAACCACCAGGAACAGAAGGCUAAGAAAAUAAAGCAAGGAAAGGGUGACAAGGAACAGGACGAGGAAAUCAGACUUAACGAGGAAGAACAAAGGAAGCAGGAAAAACAAAAACAGGAUGAGGAAAUGAGACUAAAGGAGGAAGAACAAAAGAGAAGGGAAGAACAGAAACAGGAGGAAAUUAGACUGAAGGAGGAAGAACAAAAGAAGCAGGAAAAACGAAAACAGGACGAGGAAGUUAGACUAAAGGAGGCAGAACUAAAGAGAAAGGAAAAACAGAAACAGGAGGAGGAAAUCAAACGGAAGGAAGAAGAACAAAGGAAGCAGGAAAAACAAAAACAGGAUGAGGAAAUGAGACUAAAGGAGGAAGAACAAAAGAGAAGGGAAGAACAGAAACAGGAGGAAAUUAGACUGAAGGAGGAAGAACAAAAGAAGCAGGAAAAACGAAAACAGGACGAGGAAGUCAGACUAAAGGAGGCAGAACUAAAGAGAAAGGGAAAACAGAAUCAGGAGGAGGAAAUCAGACGGAAGGAGGAAGAACAAAGGAAGCAGGAAAAACAGAAACAGGACGAAGAAGAAAGGUUGAAGGAGGAAAAGAGGAUACAAGAAGAAAAACACAAUGAAGAAAGUAAAAGAAAGGAACUGGAAGCAUCAGAAGAUCGGGGCACAGAUUGUACAACUCUAAACGGCAACAUUACCGCAAGUGAACGGGCAAGGACACUUCUGAGGAAAGGUGGCAUGCCACUUUUCCCAGCUGGGAGAAGGGAGUGGAAUCAAGAAGAAGUCAUCCCACUGAUUACCAUCCCAGCAGUUGUUAGUUGGCCACCUAAAAAUUGGAAAAAGAUUACUCCAGAGCAAAAGUAUUUUAAUUGGGAGUAUGCCAGUAUUGCUCUGGAGUUGAACUCGGGAAAGCAAUUACAAUUCACAAAGGAAGAGUUGCUACUCAAGUAUCACUUUUUAGCAUUACCAGGCACAAAAACACCGACAGGAAGUGAAGAAAACACAAUGGCAACCAAAUCUCGGUUUUAUUUAUAUCAAGCUUUGGCUUAUAUAAUAAAGAGUGACAAAGAAGACGCAUCAACUGUGCAAACAUUAAAGAUGUUAGAAACUGCAGUGAAGGAGAGAGAUAACUCCACAGACGAUGUGAUAAAGAGAAUAGAUGCUCUUGAUAUUCCCUUGAGACUUGGAGAAGACAAUUGA